GUGCUAUCACAGCCUACAAUGUUGCAGCUGUGGGUGCGCGUUUCCUUGUCGCGGCCCUCGGUGGCGGAUGACUCGGAUGAGGAGGAGGGGGAGGGCGAGGAGGAGGAGGUUCAGGCGACGGAGGAGGACGGGUCCCCAAGGUCCAGUAAAGGUCGCGACCUGGGACGUGUAAGCUUCGAGAAGGAAGCUAGCAGGGCGGAAGGGGAGUUUGUAGGAAGUGCGUGCACCUCGACAUGCGCACUGGGCAAGGCGGGCGGCAAGCGCCGGCGUCCGGGCCCACAGGCCUUGCCAGGUCCAGGCCUCGUCCCCACGGGGCAGGUGUCGCCCCGCGAGAAUCCUUGGGAGACCUGGAAUCGUCUGCGGACCCUGUGCGAGUUCAAAUCCUCCCUGGGCGUGGCCCUGGAGCUGACUGGCGAUCUCCCUGACCCCCACGUCCUGCAACGCUGGCACGGCGAGCCCGUCAAGGCCCUGGUCUUCCCCACCGCCAUCUUCCUCACCAACAAGAAGGGCUACCCGGUCCUGAGCAAAGCGCACCAGGCUUUCGUCGUGGACAUGUACCGCUUUAAGAUCCAAGUCCUCCUACGAGGGCGGACCCGGCACCCGGGGGGGUACCCUGUCUAUCUCCAGUACCUGGAGCACCUGCGCCUAAAGCUCUUUCCCCUCCCCGAGCAGGACCGCUUCGAGAGCCCAUACUACGACUUUCUCCAGGCCCCCCUCCAGCCGCUGAUGGACAACCUGGAGAGUCAGACCUACGAGACCUUCGAGAAGGACCCGGUCAAGUACGCCCAGUACGAGGAGGCCGUGGCCGCCGCCUUGGCCGUGACUGCCCCCACGACCGUCACCGUCAUCAUGGUGGUGGGCGCGGGGCGGGGUCCCCUCGUGCGCGCCUCUCUGGCCGCGGCCCGGCGCGCCCAUCGAGACGUGCGCGUGUACGCCGUGGAGAAGAACCCGAACGCGGUGGUCACGCUCAGGAACCUGGUGGCGAUGGAGGGCUGGACGAAUGUGACGGUGGUGGCCACGGACAUGCGCACCUGGGUCGCCCCGGAGAAGGCGGACAUCUUGGUCAGCGAGCUCUUGGGCUCCUUUGGAGACAACGAGCUCUCGCCCGAAUGCCUGGACGGGGCGCAGGCCUUCUUGAAGGACGGCUCGGGAAUCUCCAUCCCCUGCCAGUACACCUCCUACCUCGCCCCCAUCUCUUCCUCGAAGCUUUGGAACGAGGUGCACUCGUACAAGGACCUUAAGCACAUGGAAACGGCAUACGUGGUCAAGCUGCACAAUUUUUGUCAGCUUGCUCCCGCACAGCCCUGCUUCACCUUCGCCCACCCAAACCGCGCCGCACGCAUUGAUAACACUCGUUAUACCUGCCUUCGCUUCCCAGCGCCCAUGGCUGCAACCAUCCAUGGUUUUGCAGGGUACUUCGAGGCGCAACUGUACAAAGACAUCUACAUCUCCAUCGUGCCACAGACCUUCUCCACAGGCAUGUUCUCCUGGUUUCCCCUCUACUUCCCGUUGAGGACACCGGCCUACGCUCCUGAGGC